UUUCAAAUUUAAACGAUAGUAUUUGCAUUCUCUAACUCUAAUAUGAUCCUGAGGGUGAUUGUGGCACUCUUUGCUGUGCUUGUACAUGCACAAGCAUAUACAGACAUUGCAAAGCUAAGGGUAUUUGCAGCCAAGAACAAUGUGUCUUGCAUUUUCGUGUUUGGCGACUCUAGUGUUGAUCCUGGUAACAACAAUAACCUUAUUACGGACCAAAAGGUUAACUUCUUGCCUUAUGGUAAAGACUUCUACAAUGGCCGACCUACCGGCCGGUUUAGCAACGGAAGACUUGCAACUGAUCUCAUUGCGGAGGCAUUGGGUCACACGAAAACCAUACCAGCGUAUCUUGAUCCAAAUUUGACAAAUGCACAACUUCCUAAUGGUGUAAGCUUCGCGUCUGGUGGUUCUGGUUUUGAUGAUCUUACUGCCGAGCUCUCCAACGUGAUAUCACUCUCCAAACAAUUGGAUUACUUUCGGCAAUACAAGGCAAGACUAGGAAGGCUAGUGGGGAAGAAAAGAGCCCAGAAAAUCGUCACAAAUGCCGAAAAAGGUGACCGGAGAACAUGUUUAAUCGGAAAUGACGCACGAAACCAGCAAAACUCACUCUACCUGGAAAUGCAUGUCGAGGGUGCAAGGAGACUGGCAGUGGUGGGAAUGGAGCCAUUUGGGUGUAUUCCACUCAUUAAAGCGCUUAGAGGAACAGUUGAGUGCGAUGAUGUUUACAACAAGGUGGCUCUUACCUUCAACACAAAGAUCAAAACACUUAUGGCUACUCUUAAACCAUCAUUGGGAAUAAUAAACUUCUACACAGACAUUUAUAGUCUUAUACUAGACACAGUUCAAAACCCAAGAAAAUAUGGUUUCAUAGAGGCAUCAAAGGGCUGUUGUGGAUCAGGAUUAGAGUUCGGGCCAAGCUGUAAAGGGUUGUCUACUUAUGUCAACAGAAGCAAGUAUGUUUAUUGGGAUGCUGUUCAUUUUACUGAAAGAAUGUAUAAAAUUAUUUCUGAAGAAGCUCUUCAAUCUCUUAUGAAGACUCUUGCUUAAUCAUGUUACAACCCCUUAACUAGUGUCUCUCUAUGUUUGUAUGUAUAAGUGUGCUAGAUUUUGUUAAGUUUCAUUAUAAUAUGUAUUUUUAUAUGUACUUGUAUCAUGU